GUCACCCUCAGGCACUGGAGCUGCACUCCAUGAGUCCCUCCAAACCCGGGAUCUGAAGAAAGUCAUGGUAGCCCACAGCGCCUAUCUCAAGGCCAUGCGGCGGCCCCAAGAGAUCCAGCAUUAGCUUUAGGACAAAACAGUCCUUGCUUCACCCCUGCCACCUCCGAGAACUGGGGAAUAAAGUUCGUCUCAAGGGCAAACUGACCCCAGCAGUGUAGGAACAAGCUCUGCGGGCGGCCGGGUCUUUCCUCCGCAGGCAGGGGCAGGAACCCGACUUCACUAGUUUGUCCCAGCGGCCGCUUCGUAGACGGAGCCCGGCGUCCUGUGAGUCCGCAUCGCCAUGGCGGCCCGCGGGGGCCUGGCUUCCUCCAGCGAGGGCCUGCGCUACGCCGAAUACCUGCCUCCCUCAGCCCAGCGGCCCGACGCCGACGUGGACCACCGAGGGGCAAGAAGGUUGAUAACUGUAGGACUAGGUAUUGCAGCUUUUGCAUUUGCAGGGCGCUAUGCAUUUCAGAUCUGGAAACCUUUAGAACAAGUAAUAACAGAAACAGCAAGAAAGAUUUCAUCUCCUAGCCUUUCAUCCUACUAUAAAGGAGGAUUUGAACAGAAAAUGAGUAGGCGAGAAGCUAGUCUUAUCUUAGGUGUAAGCCCAUCUGCUGGCAAGGCCAAAAUUCGAACAGCCCAUAGGAGAAUUAUGAUUUUGAAUCAUCCAGAUAAAGGAGGAUCUCCUUACUUAGCAACCAAAAUAAAUGAAGCAAAAGACUUACUGGAGGCAACCACCAAUCAUUAAUGGACACUCAAGGACCACAGUGAAGACUUACUGGAGGCAGCCCCCAAGCAUUAAUGGAUGCUGAAGGACCACACUGAAGGAGAAAAAAAAUCCAAGAUUUAGAAUCCUAAAAACUAGUGUAAAUCUUUUCUUUUAUCAGUAAACUAUGUAACAAUAAAAGAUGAAUAGCCAUGCAUUUUAUUUCCUUUAAAGGAACCUUAUAAAUUCCUCAUAAAGAACCUUAUAAGCUGA